GUUUUCUUUCGUCAGUUAAGAAAAUACCGUACGGUUGUUCUGUGCAGUACGAAAAGUUUGUGUUUCGCGUUUUCGAAUGUAACACUUAUUUUAAACAAUUCAGAAAUGGGUGUCGGACUUCCUCCGCUAGAGUUUACAGAGUGUAUGAGUGACAGUCCAUACUUUAGGGAGAAUUUACACCAGCACGAGAAAGAGUUAGAUAACACAAGUCAACAGAUUAAAAGACUCAUUAAAGAAGUUAAAGAUCUGCUUACAGCUGCCAGACAAUUGAGUCAAGCGCAGCGAUCGUUUUCCAAAAAUUUGCAAGGGUUCACGUUCGAGUGCAUUGGAGGUAUACAGACAGAUGACGAGCAAGUUAUAUCCAGAUCUCUCAACGAGUUUGGCAAAUUGAUUAGUUCUAUUGAAGAUGAACGGGACAGAAUGCUGGAUGCUGCCUUCGCUCAAGUGGUUCAACCACUCGAACACUUUCGCAAGAAGCAAAUUGGCGACGUUAAAACGGGGAAAAAGAAGUUCGAUAAGCAGACGACGAAAUUUUGUCAAAGUCAGGAACGCUACCUAAACUUGGCCGCUAAGAAACAAGAGACUGUCUUGCAAGAGGCCGAUGCUUCAUUAGGUAUGGCAGAGCGCCAUUUCUACUUGGCCAGCAUGGAGUACGUAUGCCUAAUCCAAGAGGUCCAUGAACGAAAGAAGUUUGAGUUUGUCGAAAUCCUCCUUAGCUUUAUGUUUGGUUGGCUUACAUUUUACCAUCAGGGUCACGAGGUGGCGAAAGAUUUUCGUCCAUACAUGGAGGAUUUGCAGUACAAAAUACAGAAGACUAGAAGCAACUUUGAGGAGAACAGUAAAAAGUUACGAAACAGAAUGCACGAAAUGCAGAAGCAGACGCUCGAUGAGCCAAUUCGUAAUCUAAAGGGGCACAAGGAAGGUUACUUAUAUUUGUUGGAAAAGAAGGCGUUUGGUACAACAUGGACUAAGCAUUACUGCACCUAUAACAAAGAAACAAAAGAAUUCACAAUGUUGCCAUUUAAUCAGCUAACAACUAAAAAUCUUCAAGCUCCAGAAAUCAUGGUGCUGUCAUCAUGUGUUAGGCGAAUGUCAGACUCGAUUGAAAAGCGAUUUUGCUUUGAUUUGCAAGUGGAUUCGAGACCGGGAGUCACAUACACAUUUCAAGCACUUUCAGAGGUGGAUCGAAAGUCUUGGUUGGAUGUAAUGGACGGAAAGGAGCCGACAUAUACUGCAUCUAACAACAUUAAACCACAGAACUCUGAAGAACGAAUCCUUGACGAGGUUGGGAUACAGUUUGUAAAACGGUGUAUCGAAACCUUGGAAAAUCGUGGUUUAGAAGAUCAAGGCAUUUAUAGAGUGGUCGGUGUUACGUCCAAAGUUACUAAACUUCUUUCAAUGGGGCUUGAUCGACGAAAAACAGAUAAGUCGCUGAAUUUAGAGGACCCUUUGGAGUGGGAAACAAAGACGCUCACAAGUGCUUUAAAAAGUUACCUGAGAAAUUUACCUGAGCCACUUAUGACACACAGAUACCACAAUGGGUUCAUUGCGGCAGUUAAAAACGACUCUAGGCAAAUGCGAGUCAGAGACGUUCACACCCUAAUACAUAGGUUACCCAAAGCAAACUUCGAGGUUUUAAAAUUAUUAAUAAAGCAUCUUACAAACGUGGUGUCGAAAAGCGAAAUUAACCUCAUGACCAUUAGCAAUCUGGGAGUAUGUUUCGGCCCUACACUGUUACGACCCGAAGAAGAGACAGUUGCGUCCAUAAUGGAUCUAAAAUUCUACAACAUCGUCGUGGAAAUCCUCAUUGAGAACUUUGAGAAAAUUUUUAACACGGAACCCGAGCGCGAAGUCGACACGACGUCCUCACAAACCAGCGGUUAUAAUAGCACUUUAAGUUCGGCGAACAAUAUAAGUGACACUUCUGCGACUGGACAUUUAUCACCUGCCGGCCACGUGAGUCCAGUGAACUACAUCAACUCCGAUAAUCAUCCGUCUCAAUUUAUUAAUAACGUUAGAAACUAUAAUCAUGUACGGCACAAUGUCAAUUACAACACUCAGCCUCUCACUUGUACAAUACGAAAGUACUACGAAACACCACCUGGGACCAAUCUAUCUUCAAGUUUGUAUAACGUUCACGAACCUACCAACGGUGGUACCUCAUAUUCAAUGACUCGAAGCGACCACACGUCGCCUGGGACCGGCCAACACUUACCUCAGCAUAGGCUAAUUCAGCGUUACGCGACGGCGGGAGUUUCCUCACAGUCUGAAAGUAAUAUUCCUAAUUUGCGCAGCUUUAGCCCAACUAGUUUUAAACUGUAUGAGCCCAACAGUACGAGUAGUUCAAAUGAGUCGGUCUCGUCACUUACAAGAGAUGGCACCUAUAUUGGAAAUCAUAUAUCGCCCGAGAAGAAUAAACGAUCCAAUAUCGGCUUGCCGUAUCCGAAAAGUUACCGAGCACAAGGCAAUAUGUCUCACGAACAUUUGCGAAGAAAUCUUUAUUCUCCUACAACUGUUUCUAGCGGUAGAUGCAGUCCGACAAGUUCAGGUGUUCGAAGAGUAAGAACACUGUAUGCCUGUUUAGGGGAGAACGACGGCGAACUUUCUUUUGAACCAAAUCAAAUUAUUACAAAUGUGAAAGCAUCUCAAGAACCGGGAUGGUUGGAGGGAACAUUGAACGGUAAAACGGGACUUAUUCCCGAAAACUAUGUGGAAAUGUUGCCUUGACAGAGUGGUGAAGGCAAUUCUUUGACGAAAUUAUCCAGUUCCAUCCGUUAUGGCCUUAGCAAAGCAUUACAACUGCACAAAUCAGUAAUGGAACUUAAAUUGAACGAGACACAGUUAGAAAUGCAUCGUCACAGUUUAGGUAAUGUGACAGAACGUGACCGUUCCGAUUAAUUGUACCUAAUACAAUAAACAUAAAUUUCUAAAUAGGAACACCAGUAUGUGUAUAGAGAAUUUAAUAUAUUUUAUAUUUAUUAAAGUUUUUAAUUUAAAGAAGGAUGAUGUGAUUCAAGAUGUGGACGUGUGUUUUAUGGACAGGCUAGUGUGUGCUCUAAAUGGCUUUAUAUUAAAGGUGUAAUUGUAUAAUAAUAUAUAGGAAUUUACUAGUC